ACCCACUCGAAAAAGGAAGGAAGCCGCACACGAAGCAAAGCUCCCAUCCAUUCCAAUUUCCAAAGUUCCAAAACCAAAAGAGAGCCACCCGCCCCCAUAUAACCCAUAUAAACCCCAUCUUGCUCUCGCAGAACAUUCCAUUCCCUCCCCCAACAAAGCUCUUGACUUUCUCGGGACAGAGGCACAGAGCAGGAGCAGAAGCGGAAGCGGAAGGGGAAGCAGAGCAGGCAUGGGGUUCAGGCGGGGCCUGCUGGGGUGCCUGGGGUGCGGCGGCGACGACUACUACGAGGAUCCGGAGGAGCAGAGCCCGGCGGCGGCGGCCGCCGCGGCAGGGGGGCCCGGGCGGCGGCGGCGCGCGGUGAUGAACCUCCGGUCGCUGUCGCUGGAGGACCUGUCGCGGACGCUGGCGACGACGAGCCUGCACGCCUUCACCCUGGACGAGCUCAAGGCCGCGACGCGCAACUUCUCCGCCUCCAACUUCCUCGGCGAGGGCGGCUUCGGCCCCGUCUACAAGGGCUCCCUCGACGCCGCCCUCCGCCCCGGCCUCGCCCCGCAGCAGGUCGCCGUCAAGUACCUCGACCUCGACAGCGACGGCGUCCAGGGCCAUCGCGAGUGGCUGGCGGAGGUGGUGUACCUGGGGAUGCUGAGCCAUCCGCACCUGGUGAAGCUGGUGGGCUUCUGCAACCAGGACGACCAACGGAUGCUCGUGUACGAGUACAUGCCCAGGGGCAGCCUCGAGAACCACCUCUUCAAGAACCUGCUUGCGUCCUUGCCAUGGUCGACGCGGCUCAAGAUCGCCGUCGGCGCCGCCAAGGGGCUGGCGUUCCUGCACGAAGCCCAGACGCCGGUGAUCUACCGCGACUUCAAGGCCUCCAACAUUCUGCUCGACUCGGACUACACGGCGAAGCUGUCAGACUUCGGCCUGGCCAAGGAAGGUCCCAAGGGCGACGCCACGCACGUGACGACCCGUGUCAUGGGCACGCACGGCUACGCGGCGCCGGAGUACAUCCUGACGGGCCACCUGACGGCCAAGAGCGACGUGUACAGCUUCGGCGUGGUGCUCCUGGAGCUGCUCACGGGCCGGCGCUCCGUCGACAAGCGCCGGCGAGGGCGCGAGCAGAACCUCGUGGACUGGGCGCGCCCGUACCUGCGGCGCGCCGACGACAGGAUGCUGGACCGCAUCAUGGACCCGAGCAUGGAGUCCCAGUUCUCGGCGCGCGCCGCCCGGAGCGCGGCCGCCGUGGCGCACGCGUGCCUGCAGAGCGUGCCCAAGGCGCGCCCGCGGAUGCGCGACGUCGUGGAGGCACUCGAGCCGCUGCUGGCCCUCGACGAUGACGUGCCCAUGGGCCCCUUCGUGUUCACGGUCGGCGCCGGCGCUGCUGCGACCGAGGCGGCGGCGGUGGUGGCGGCUAACGUGCCCGCCGGGGACGUCGAGGAGCCGGCAGCGCCGCAGGGCAAGUGGCAUGUCAAGUCGGCCGUGCACGCGGAGAACCCGCUGCGCAAGGGCGACCGCUGGGUGAAGAACGCCGUGAAGCGGCCCGAGAGCCCCCCAGGCGUGAUCUGAGGAGUAAAGAGCCAUGGAAAUUACUACUACACGGCAUGUGUAUAUAGUGAAAAUUUGUUCUUUGAUUCUUUUUUUUAGCUUCUUGGUGAUGUUAUUAAUUCCCUUGCCCCAAGAAUUUGUAGGCUGGAGAGAUUUUGUCUUCCGUUUUUGUUGGUAUAUACUGCCAAGAUUAGUUCGGCAGAUGCCGUACCUGCAUAUUGUGAAAAGCUCGACGCAAUCAUACAUGGCAAAAUGUGCAUGUCAACUUCCAAUUGAAUAGUUUUGCAAAUGCAUCAAAUUUGCUU